UUCUACAUUCAACAAAUUAGUUGAGAAUUUAUCAUUCCAAGUGGUCGCUGGACCUUGCAAUCAAAAUAUAUUUGAUGAUAUAACUCCAAAGUCAGUAGGUACGCCGGUUAAUGUGAAAGUAAAAUUUCGUCAUAAGGAAGAUAUCCAUAGAGGAGUUAUAUCCGUUCCUAAAUUUGAGCACAUUAAAAUGUCCAGAAACUUACGGUUAAUUAAUAGUGAUCAAACUAUAUUGUCGUUUGAUUUUCUUAUGGAUAUGAAAUCAUCCGAAAAGCCAGCUAAAAAGUCGCAAAAGAAGGUUUUUCAAAUUUUUAGACCAGGCAUCUGUUUAGGGUCUAAAACUAACAAUGAUGAUGAUGGAUAUCCAUACGUACCUCCUAUCACAGAAAAUGAAAAUACGACAUUUAGCGCAACAAAAGUGAAUCUCAUAAAUAAUAGAAAGAGCUUUGGGUUAAAGAAAGAUACUGUACGCCAACCGUUAGUUGACACUGAUCGAGCUCAAACAAUAUUUCUAGGAAAAUGUAAGCCAGGAGGAUGUCUUGAUCCCCCUUUCGGUGAAGAGAGAUAUGCUUAUGAACCAAUCUUAGCUAAGGAAGAAUUUGUAAAAUAUCAAUCCAUAGAUGAGGUAGAAAAUAAUCAACUAUCAGGCCGACCUUAUAGUAUGCAACUACGUUCAAGAAGUCCGCUGAUAGAAAAAGAUAAGGAUGAAGAAAGUAAAUUAUUCGAUGAGCUUCUAAUAACAUACCCAUCCAUCCAAAAUUGUAAAGAUGACAAUAAAAACACUUUAAGGACUAAUAAUACUAUAGAAAAUAGGUCCAUAAUAAGCGCCGAUACUUGUAUACAGUCCUACUAUAAACCUCCUAGAAAUAAAGACACUAGUCUAUCAAGUAACAUGGAAGGAGAAGACAUACAAAAAAUAAUAGAUAACGAAAUUAAAUUAAAACCAACCAAUAUUAUUUCCGCAAAUUUGAAAUCGCCUUCUAAGGAUAGUAUUUAUGUACAAACAGGCUGUCCAGCGGAACCUGUUCUACCCAAAAUGGUUAUAUUGUCUCCAAUUGAAAGUGGUCUAUCGUCUUUUGGAAAUAAUGCACACUGUGUCAUAGAACAAAAUGUAGAACAAGUAGUAAGCAAGGAAUAUUUGGUAGAUCAGAAUAUUUCUAGGUUUGAGACUGGGACUGUAAAAAAUCAAGAGGAAAAUUAUUUACAAACACCAAAUACAAUUUCUCUGUUAAAAAAUUCAGUUGAAAAAUCUUCUAAAACAAAUAAUAUGCGUAUACCGGACAUAAAAACAUCUCCGGAGAUAUUUGAAAGUAUUAAAAAUAACGAAACCAAUAUAUUCAAUGAAGAUCAAUCAAGCAACAAACAAAGAGAUGAACAAAGUAUUAUUGUAAUUGCCCCAGUCAGGGAUAUUGAAGAAACAUUGACAAAUGAUGAUGAUACUGAAUAUUUACCAAAUUUUUAUAACGAAAGUGGAACUGAUCACCCAUCUAUUGAAUUUAGGGAGAGUUACAGCGAUACACAAUACUUCAAUAAGAAAAAUGAUAUGCUUGACAAAUUCGAAAGUCAACUUAUUCAAACUAAUUUACAAAAUCAAUCGUCUUCAAUACUUCAAGUUAAUAAAUUAGAAAUUAAAGAAGAUGCUACUAAUAGCUUAAAAAGUGACCUUGCUAGCCAAAGGUCUAUUCCGAAUAUAUCUUUGAUAGCUACUCAAGAAAAUAAUUCAUCUACUGUUAUACUCAGGGACAGUAUUCGUAAUGAAGAGGAUUUUAAAAUUAAAAAUGAUGGUGAAAGACCACAAAAAGUUUACAAUCUUAACAUGUCACCAAAAAUAAGUAUCACAGACAACAAGGAGUCAAAUUUAAAAGAAAAUACAUUAUCUAACAAGGAAGUCGAGAAUCCUAGUACAGUAAGAGUAAAAGCAAACGGAAGCGUUUCUAGUGUAAAUUAUAUUGGUAAAUCUUUAAUAUCAUCCAACCAUGAAUUAAUUCAAAAUCUUUCGUUAACAUCUUCAAGACAUAGUAUGCCAGAAAUGAUGUUUGACCAAAAACUAGACCCUCAUUUAGAAUCUACAUCCCAAAUUACUACAUCACAACACAUACCUGUUUCACCAAAUGGUAUUAUUGAUUCUCCUCAAGCUAUAUCUCAAGAAUUAAAGAAAAGAUACGAAAAUGAUAAUCUUGCUUUAAAAAGUUCUACACAAGUAAUUUUUAAUAAAAAUUAUUUGGAGGAUGAUAACAUAACGAGAGCAAAAGUUUCAAAUUUAUCUAAUUCUAGCAUAAAAGGACCUACAAAUAAAACCAUGUCCAAAGGUCGUGAAUCAAGUUCAAUGCACUUUUCUGAAAAGUCUUUAAGUGAAGUCUUUAAUUACAAACGUGCAACAAACAUGGAACAUUAUAAAAAAGAAUUAGACAUGAUUCAUAAUUCUUUUAAAAACACGAAUAUAUCACAACCCAAUAAUUCUCAAAUUACUGAAAAUUUCGCAAUUCCUGUAAUUACAGAUUCUAUUAAGACAUUAAAUUAUGAUGGAACCAAAAAAGAUAAACUAUCGGAUAAAAUUUCGCAGGACAUUAUGGAAUUACCAACUACUUUUAAGACAGAAUUGAGUGAAGUAGAUCCAACUAAAUUAAGUCAAUAUUAUGAAACACUAAAUGGCUUGAAAGAAAAAAGUUCUGAAGAAUUCAUAAAACCUCAACUUAAAAAAUACGCCAAUAUGCAAAACAGUUUCCAAAAAACGAGUAAGCUUAACUUAAAUUCAAAUGAAAAUAUUCAUACAUCCUUGCCGAUCCCGAACAAAAAUAAAACAAAUGAAGACACUAAAAUUGAUGAAAGCAAGUCUUUUUCAAUAAAUAAUGAAUCAAAGCAGUUGGAAGUGAAACCGACGACAAAUACUAGUUCUAAAGAUCGUUUAAAAUUACUUUUUAACAAUUCUAAUGAAGAAGUUAAAAAUAGCGAUGUCUUUCAACUUGAUUUUGCAUUGCAAUCCUAUGUUAACGAUGACAAAGAAAGAGCUUUCAAAACAAUAGACUCGGCUUCUGCACCUGACAACGAUGAACAAGAGCCUAUAUUACUAUUUAAGUCAAAAUUACGAGUUAACGAAGACAAAAUGAUACUACCAAUAGAUCCUUACACGGAUUUUGUUGUUUUAUUAAAGAGAAAAAGCGUUAUAAACACUGAAGAUGCUAAAAAAAAAAUUUCCCAUGGUACAUACAUUUACAACAUUCGUAAUUAA